AUGCCGGCGAUGCUGAUCACGCACGCUCAGCCCCUGGCGGGGCCGCGGUGCGUGAACCGGUUUCCGGAGAAGCCGCUGUGCAAGUUCGUCGAUGACCUCGCCGCGUCGCCGCUCACCUUCCUCGACGCGUCGGCCGGCGAGACGAUCGAACUCGGCGCAUAUGACGUAAGUUUCACCGCGACCUGCCCGACACCAAUCCCCUCCUCCUGCAUUCAGCCUCUCCCACCCCCCUUUCCCAACCCACCAGGGCCUGUUGUGCCUCCCCCCGGCCUGCAACGAGCAGAAGUUCCACCGCGACCUGCCCGACACCAAAAGUUCCACCGCGACCUGCCCGCCACCAAGGUGUAUGCGUUCGGCGUCUCCCGCAGCUCGGCGCGCUACCCGGGCCCCGUGCUCGUCGCCACACGCGGCACCACCACCAAGGUGAAGUUCUCGAAUCACAUCAGGGACAAGACGCACAUGUUCACGGUCGACCCCACACUUGGGGCGCCCGAACUCACCAACGGCGGUGUGCCCAUCUCCGUCCAUAGGCAUGGCGGGGAGACGCCUAGCAAAUCCGACGGUCAUCCUAUGGCGUGGUACACGGCCAGUGGGGAGCACGGACCGGAGUUCGAAUCCGGAGAGCAAACAUAUCCGAACAUGCAGCGCGCGACGAUGCUAUGGUACCACGACCACACGAUGGGAAUGGGCGAGCUGAACAUGGUCGCGGGAAUGGCGGGGCUGUACAUUAUCCGCGACCCGCAGGGCGAGGAGAUGCGGCUCAACAAGUGGCUGCCACGUGGCGAACGACAGUUGCACCUCGUGAUUGCUGACAGGGUGUUCUUCCCGAACGGAUCCAUCUAUUAUCCGAACCGGGGCUUAGUGCCGAAUGUGCACCCGAACUGGAUACCCGGUUAUAUCGGCAAUGCAAAUCUUGUAAACAGCAAGGUCUGGCCGUUCCUCAACGUGCGGCGGGCGAUGCACCGGAUUCGCAUGGUGAAUGCGGCCAACGCGCGCGUUUACAACCUCACCUUCCAGUGCGCUGGGCGUGGCGACCACAACUUCAAUCCCCCUCUUGCUGGACCUGUGCUGCCCUUCUACCUGAUUGGUUCUGACGGUGGUUAUCUCGCCCGCCCGCUGCGCCACUCCUCCCUACUCGUCUUCCCGGGCGUGCGUCACGACCUUCUUCUCGACUUCAACGCUGGGCCCGCCUGGUGCCGCAAUGUCAUUGUUGUCAACAGCGCCCCCAUUCCCUUCCCCAGGGGCCAGCCUGCUGACUGGUUCACGGGCGUGGUCAUGCGAUUCAUUAUCAAUCAGCGCUCGCCCGUGAAGCCCCCUCCCCUGCCCAACACGCUCUCGGUGGGCAACUUUCUCUGCCUGCCGCCCAGAUUGGCAUGCCUGGCAUGCAUCAUGCGUUCUUUGCCUUCCCUCCCCUUUUGA